CUUGUGAAGGAGAAGGGCCAGAUAAAAAGAGAGAAGCAAGGGGGCCAAGAAGACAGAGCUUGGAAGGGCUCUUACGGGGGAAGGAAAAAAGGGAGAAAAAGGGAGGGUGAGAGACUGAAAAAGCUAUCUUUCCAGUACAUUUCUCCUUCCUCUAAUUAUAUUGUCAUUGUUAUUACUCAUCAGGACAGCAGCAAUACAUUCUCUCUCCUGCCAUGGAUAUGAUCUUUGGCAAGAACACGAAGGAACAGCCAGAGCCUUUGAAAGCCAAAAUCAGAGGUGAGCUGCCAACUUGGCUUCAUGGGACUCUCCUGCGGAACGGUCCUGGCAUGCACACCAUUGGGGAGACUACAUAUAAUCAUUGGUUUGAUGGUUUGGCCUUGUUACAUAGCUUUACCAUUCAAAACGGUGAAGUUCAUUACCGAAGUAAAUACCUCCGAAGUGACACCUACAAUUCCAAUAUUGAAGCCAACAGGAUUGUGGUGUCAGAGUUUGGAACUAUGGCUUAUCCAGAUCCCUGCAAAAAUAUAUUUUCCAAAGCUUUUUCCUACUUGUCCCACACUAUUCCGGACUUCACUGAUAACUGCCUAAUCAACAUCAUGAAAUGUGGGGAGGACAUCUAUGCUACUACAGAGACAAAUUACAUUAGGAAAAUCAAUCCAGAAACUCUGGAGACCCUGGAGAAGGUUGAUUACCGUAAUUAUGCAGCCAUAAAUGUGGCAACUUCUCAUCCUCACUAUGAUGCCCAAGGGAAUGUCCUCAACCUGGGCACAUCCAUAGUUGACAAGGGAAAAACUAAAUAUUUGGUGUUUAAAAUACCUCCCACAAUGCCAGAGAAUAAAAAGAAGAAAAACAACUUAAAACACCUGGAAGUCAUCUGCUCCAUCCCAUCCCGCUCUCUUCUCAACCCAAGCUACUAUCACAGUUUUGGAGUUACUGAAAACUACAUUAUUUUUCUAGAGCAGCCCUUUAAAAUGGAUAUUCUAAAGAUGGCCACUGCCUACGUUCGAGGCACAAGCUGGGCUUCCUGCAUUACCUUCCAUGAAGAAGACAAGACUUACAUUCAUAUUAUUGACCGAAGGACAAAAAAGACCUUGCUGACCAAGUUUUAUGCUGAUCCCAUGGUUGUCUUCCAUCAUGUAAACGCCUAUGAAGAAGAUGGCUAUAUCGUGUUUGAUGUCAUUUCCUACAAGGACCAUAGCCUUUAUCAGCUCUUCUACUUGGCAAACUUGAAUCAACACUUUGAGCACAACUCUAAACUUGCUUCCAUACCAUCUCUCAAGAGAUUUGUCAUUCCUCUUCAGGUGAACAAGGAUGCAGAAAUGGGUGAGAAUUUAGUCAAACUUGAAUCAACAACAGCAACUGCUCUGAAGGAAAAAGAUGACCAAGUCUACUGCCAAUCGGAAGACCUAUGUGAAGGGAUUGAGCUGCCCCGUAUUAAUUAUGCUCAUAAUGGGAAAAAAUACAGAUACAUUUAUGCAGCAGAAGUGCAGUGGAAUCCAAUUCCAACAAAGAUAACGAAAUUUGAUAUUCUGACAAAGUCAUCAUUAAAAUGGGGGGAGGAGCACUGUUGGCCUGCUGAGCCUGUGUUUGUGCCUGCACCUAAUGCACAACAAGAAGAUGAUGGUAUUAUAUUGUCAGUGAUUGUCUCCAGUGACCCCAAGAAACUACCUUUUCUACUCAUACUGGAUGCAAAACAAUUUACAGAAUUGGCUCGAGCAUCAAUUGAUACAGAGAUACACCUGGAUCUACACGGGCUAUUCAUUCCCUCUGUGGGUUCUCCUGAAGAGCCAGAGGACAAUGUGCUUAAGAGCUAAUCUAAUGGACUGGCCUACAGUGAUGCUACUUUGAUAUUUGGGAAUAGACAAACUGAGUGGCAUCUUAUAGGACCAUAAGCCUGGAAAUUUUUUCUUUACCUGGUACAGUUUUAUUUGAUUUUUGUUCUUGGGAUGGUACAUUCAAUGUCCUUCAUUUCAUUUCAUUUAAAUUAUAAUAACAAUUAGAGGCAGCAUGGUAUAGUGUACAGAGGGUCAGCCUUGGAGUCAAAAAGGCUUGCAAGGUCUACUUCUGACACAUAGUAGUUAAGUAACCAUGAGCAAGACACUUAAGUUUUAAUGCCAGGGGAAACCCUAUAAGACUAUAGCUCAUGGGUGAAGCUAACCUGCACUGGUGCAGGGGGUUCCCACACCAAUAAAAUUACAAGUCUAGUUAAAAAAACAAUAGUUGACAUUUAGAUAGUACUCUAAAAUUUGUUAAGCAUUUAUGUACAUUCUCUCAUUUGAUCUUUAUAAUUACUCUGAGAAGUAGGUACUAUUAUUAUCUCUGUUUUACAGAUGAGAAAACUAAGGUCAUGCACGUAGUAAGUAUCAGAGACAGGAUUUGAAUGCAGCUCUCUCCUGAUACAGUCCAAUUCAAUUCUCUUUCAAAUAUACCAUACUGCCUCUCUUUUGCCUUGGUUUGAAAUUAAUCAACAAAUAUUUAUUGAGUGAAUACUAUGUACCUAGCACUGAAGAAAAAAGAAAACUUUUUAUUUUGAGCAACCAUUACACAAAAAUUUUCACUAAAAUAAAUUAUAUACUCUAUUAAAGCAACAUUUUAAUACUACUUAUUAUGGUAGGGAAGGGUAUACCCAUGAGGAACAUGCAAAUAUUUAUCAGAAAGAAAAUGUUUUAAUUUGUUAAAGAAGUACUUGGCUUAAUAGAGGUUCUCUCCUUCCUAAAUGCUGGCCUGGUAUUUUUAGUUAGGUUUCCUUUUAUAAAACUACACAAUUAGGAAACUGAUGCACGGUCACUUAAGAAUUCCAUUAGUAGAAUUUCCAGGUACCUUCAGUCCUCAGUUUCAGUAAAUGAGUUUUGACAAACUCCAUACACUAAUAAUGGUUUUUUGGUAGAUAAGUUCCCAUUUGUUUAAUCAUGAUUGCAAUUAUGUUUGUAUCUCACUUCUAUUCACAACCAAACAAUUUGUUAAUUACUAAAAGCCAACACCUUUCACAUUCACCUUGAGGCCUGGAGAAAGUGAAGAGAGAUUCAUAGUCUUUGGCUGUGGAAUAGUGGAGUUGGACAGUACUGAAAGUGUUUCUCUUCCUCCUCAGAUUUUUCAAGAAUUGUUUGCUUAGAUCUUCCCUUGUCCCUAUCACUCUUUUCCCAUGUAUCACACUUAUCUGCAUACAUGUGCAUCCCCUCUUUGAGGGCAGCAAUUGUAAUUUAUCUCUAUAUCCCCAGCCCUGAAGCAUUAGACUUUGUACUUAGCAGGCAUUUAAUAAAUGUUGGUUGGAAAGAAUUGAAUUGACACAACAGAAUUAUUUGAUAUCUUUUGUUUAAAGUCAAUUUGUUUUCCUUUAGAUAAAGAAACAUAAGAUUUUGAAGUGGGACCUUAGAGAUAAACUAGUUCAAUUUCUUCAUUUUAAGAUAGAGGCCUAGAGAUAUUAAAUGAUUUACUUAUGGUCCAAUAGCUAUUAAAUAACAGAACUAAAAUUCUUCUUAUUUAAAUAUUAGUAUUUUCAUUGUAAGAGCAGAAAUUGGUCCCUGACCAACUGAUUUCCCCCAUAGGAUGUAAUCACAGAUUCAUCACAAUCACAAAUUCAUUAAUUGUAAUCCUUAUAAUCCCUUUAUAAACUGUGAACAUUUUCUUCAGUGAAAUUAGUAAGCAAGUUUAGGAUUGGCUGCAUGAAAACUGGUCACAAUCCUGGACACAAUUCAGGCAGGAACCAGCAGCUGAGAAAGAAUUCAGGCCCUAAGAGGAUAAUUGACCAGUAAGAAAUACACAUUCUCCAGACAGACACAGAAACAGAAAGGCAGUAUUCAAAAAGCUUUCAGGGGAGGGACCUCUGACAGCAAAGAGAAUUGGUUAUACAUUUAAGAGAAAGUUAGCUGUAGCAAUAAAGAAUGAACUAUAAAGAGGGGUAGAUAAUGGGAGGCCAGCUAAGUAACCCACCAGCAGACACUGUGCCCAGAGGGAGCCUACUGAAGAACUCCAUGAUGAGAUAAAGGAUAUUGAGGCCUUUCAGCUCUUGAGAUGUGAGUUGUUUUGGCCCAUAUGUACCCUAUAUUUGUAUUUUACUACCAUUACACUCCAAAUGCACGCCUACCCUUCCUAAAGAUGUUGAUGUAUUUGUGGAACACUGUGCCCUAGGUUUCUGGAAGGAAAUGUUUUUACUUUUCUUACUAUACCAUUUUAGUCAAUGACUUGGCUUUGAGCUACUUGUGUCUACUGACUGACAUUAAAGCUAAGGAUAUAGGUGGAGGCUUGUGAACAACGGUGUGCUGGAGUGAGUUCAAAAUAGCUCAGAAUUGUUAAAAUUUCAGUGUGAGUAUUCACACCUCAAAAAUCAGCAAAUGCUACAAAUCAGGGCUUGAUUUAUUGUCUUGUUGAUUGUAUGGUCUCAAAGUGAUAAGGAAAAUGUUCAUAUUGCAAAUUAAAUUUUAAAGGACUUCAUGUGUA